GCCGAAUCUUAUUAAUAAUCUACUACACCCUCUUCCUCUUUGCAACACCUAAAGCGAAGGAAAAAUGGCUCUCGUUCAUGAAACUAUUCAAAGUUCAGUUGGCGCAGAAGGGUUCCGGUCCUACUAUCCUUAUGGAACUACGGUGUCGAUAAUCAUCACAGUGUUAGCCAUGGUAUUGGGGUAUUUGUAUGGUCCAUAUUGGAAGGUGAGAAGGGUGCCCGGUCCACCAACUAUCCCACUGGUAGGACACCUGCCCUUGAUGGCUAAGUACGGCCCUGAUGUGUUUUCAGUCCUUGCUAAACAAUACGGUCCUAUUUUCAGGUUUCAUAUGGGUAGACAACCCUUGAUAAUCGUUGCAGAUGCAGAGCUUUGUAAAGAAGUUGGAAUAAAGAAAUUCAAGGACAUUCCAAAUAGAAGCAUUCCUUCACCUAUUGCUGCCUCCCCACUUCAUCAAAAGGGUCUUUUUUUCACCAGGGAUGCAGGAUGGUCCACCAUGAGGAACACAAUAUUAUCUGUCUAUCAACCAUCACACUUGGCUAGCCUAGUUCCCACCAUGCAAAAUUACAUUGAAUCAGCUACUGAAAAUCUCCAUUCAUCUAAACAAGACAUUGUUUUCUCUAACCUUUCACUCAAAUUGGCAACUGAUGUAAUUGGACAAGCUGCUUUUGGGGUUAACUUUGGUCUCACUAAACCACAAUCGAUCAAUGAAUCAAUCAGGACCGUGGAUAAACAAGGCAGUCAAGAUGAUGAAGUCUCUGACUUCAUCAAUCAACAUAUCUACUCCACAACACAACUUAAGAUGGACUUGUCAGGUUCUGUGUCGAUUAUAUUAGGUUUACUUGUUCCCAUAUUACAGGAGCCUUUCAGGCAGAUUUUGAAACGAAUACCGGGAACCAUGGACUGGAAAGUUGAGAGGACUAACAAGAAACUGAGUGGCAGGCUUGAUGAGAUUGUGUCAAACAGAAUGAAAGACAAGAACCGAGGUUCAAAGGACUUCUUGUCUCAAAUAUUGAGUGCAAGGGAAUCAGAGAAUGUGGCCAAGAAGGUUUUCACUCCUGACUAUAUCAGUGCAGUUACUUAUGAACACCUCCUUGCUGGUUCAGCAACGACAUCCUUUACAUUGUCAUCGAUUGUUUAUUUAGUUGCUGGACAUCCAGAGGUUGAGAAAAAGUUGGUUGCAGAGAUUGAUGGGUUUGGUCCACAUGACCAGGUGCCAACUGCUUAUGAUCUCCAACAUAAAUUUCCUUAUCUUGAUCUGGUGAUCAAAGAAGCUAUGAGGUUCUACAUAGUUUCUCCAUUAGUUGCAAGAGAAACAUCAAAAGAAGUGGAGAUAGGAGGUUACCUUCUGCCUAAGGGAACUUGGGUGUGGUUAGCAGUUGGGGUCUUAGCAAAAGAUCCAAAGAAUUUCCCAAACCCAGAUAAGUUUAUACCAGAACGGUUUGAUCCAAACUGUGAAGAAGAAAAACAAAGGCACCUGUAUGCUCUCAUACCCUUUGGAAUUGGGCCACGGGCAUGCGUCGGCCGGAAGUUCUCCUUACAGGAAAUCAAACUUUCCUUGAUACAUCUAUAUCGGAAAUAUACAUUUCAACAUUCUUCAACCAUGGAAAAUCCUUUGGAGCUUGAAUAUGGCAUAGUUCUCAACUUCAAACACGGUGUAAAACUCACUGUCACAAAAAGAACAUGAUUAUUGUAUCUGACUGAGUUAUAUUUCCUCAGUCGUAUUAAUGCAAAAAGGUGUCAUACUAUACGCCUAAAAGUCUAAAACAAAUGAAAGAACAAAGAAAUGUUUGGUCAGAUCCCUUCACCUAUUUUACAUUUUUAUUAGUGCUAUGUACAAUUUUGCUGUAAAAGUUAUUGGACGUUGCUAUGGAGUGCUUCGAAGGGUAUUUUAUGAA